AUGCUUGUUUUAUUGGACUACGCAGACAACUGCUACUAUAAGUACCCGCAUUUCGGGUUGACCUCGCACGUCAUGGCUCCAAUUCAACUUGGGUACUGGAGUAUUCGCGGGGUGCGUUGUGUGUUCUGUUAGUUUUAUGUAACACAAUGUCGUUAUGUCAGCUGUCACGACUCAAUUCGGGGUCCCUCUCUCACUGGUAGAUUUUAAGGUAAUAGUCCUCAGAAAAGAAAAAAAUCGUUGCAACGAAGAACGAAUAUAUGUACAUACACAUAUAUAGAAUGUAUUUAAAUGUACAUAUAUAUAGACCUGUAGAAUAUCCUUAAUGACAAUUAUGCCUAUAAUAUGCGCAAACGCUUAGACCAUUCAUCGCAGAAUCUGCGUAGACGUCGUCACACUUAGUCUGCGUAUAAUCUUCGCAGAUGCUCUACGCGUAAUCUGCGCAGUAAGACACUCGCUUUUUAACCGGACAACCCUUACCCGACCCCUAACCGCUUGUUCCUCCUCUUUUUUCUGUUUUAGUAUGCUUUUUACAAAAAUUUUGAAAAUUUAUUUAAAACAGGUGCUAGUAGUAAGGAUCGUCAAAGAGACAAAAUCCAAAGGGUCAAAAAGUUCUACAAAAAGUAUUGUUUGCACGAAGGGAGCAAAAACGUAAUAUGUGCAUAAAUCCCAUUUUAGAGCUGUGUUGAAAGGCCGGCCGGCCUAGGGGAUGAAUUGUUUCCAUAGACGAUAAAGAUGACGAUAUAUCGUAUCACUCUCGAUCUCAAUAGCUCCCAUCACCAGAUAUCUAUCCGGGUAGAUGAAAGACCGUACACUGCUUUUGAAACUUGUGGACGUUUAUAUCAUUUUUGUCGUAUCCCCUUUGAUGUGACCAACGGAGUUUCGUGCUUUCAGCGGACCGUCGACGACAUAAUUGCACGAGAACGUCUAAGGAAUAUUUUCGUAUACGUUGACAAUAUUACUGUUUGUGGAGACGGCCUUGCGAAACAUGAUUCAACCCUUAAAAACUUCUUUAGCGCGGCUGAAAAGUACGGACUAACAUUCAAUGAAGCCACAAGUGUUAUCGCUACUAAGGAAAUUAAACUUGGUUACGAGGUGUCCAAGGGGAGCAUUAGGCCAGAUCCAAUUCGUCUAAGGCUUCUGCGUGAAACGACUCCUCCACAAGAUCUUUAGUCCCAACAACGAACUGUGGGACUGUUUGCAUACUACUCACAAUGGGUAUCGCACUUUUCAGAUACGGUUCGCCUGCUCAGCUAUAACAGAAAUUUCCCUUUACCAUUGAAGGUAGUGGGAGCGUUUGAUGCUCUUAAGGAGGAAUUUGCGAAAGCCACAGUGGCCACUGUUCAGUACAAUACCCCACUAGUUGUCGAGACCGAUGCUUCAGACCUCAAAAUCGCUGCCACACUGAAUCAGAAUGAUCGACCAGUAGCGUUCAUUUCACAUAGUUUAUCUCCAAAUGAGCAACAUAAUUCAGUUAUAGAGAAAGAAGCAUACGCCGUAGUGGAAUCCAUACUUCAUCUUCAACAAUCAGCAAAAAGCCAAGGACAAGAAUGAUAAGAUCGAACGCUGGAGAUUGGAACUGUCACCAUUUAAAUUUGACAUUGUCUACCGACCAGGUAAAGAAAAUCGAGCGGCGGACACGCUUUCCAGUAAUUGCUGUGGCGCCCUACUAAUCAGUGUUUAUCUAAAAGGACUACACGAGACACUUCAUCAUCCCGGUGUCUCUAGGCUUUCGCACUUUGUUCGAGCUCGGAAUCUCCCCGUUUCGAUGGAAGAGAUUCGUAAUGUCGUCGCUAAAUGUCAGGCCUGUUUUGAAGUCAAACCCCGCUUAUUUAAAACACAAGGCCAACUCCUCAAAGCCACCCAGCCGUUCGAACGAUUGUCACUCGACUUCAAAUGUCCUCUUCCGUCGAAAACUCACAGCCGCUAUCUGCUGACGAUUACUGAUGAAUAUUCUCGUUUCCCGUUUGCGUUUGCCUGUCCCAAUCAGACUGCUGGAACUGUCUUUAAAUGUUCGUGUCAGCUCUUGUCCAUUUUUGGUACUGCUUCGUACUUACACACCGACCGGAGAUCGUCAUUUAUAUCAAAUGAAGUUCAGCAGUUCCUUUGCAGUAAGAAAGUGGCAACGAGUAUAACAACUCCGUACAAUCCCCAAGAAAAUGGGUAGGUCGAAUGUUUGAACCAAGCUUUAUGGAGGGCUAUCUUGCUUGCUCUAAAAGCGCAAAAUUUGUCCAUCAAACACUGGGAAUCCGUCUUACUUGAUGCUUUACACUCAGUCGGAUCACGUUUGUGUACUGCCACUAAUGCAACACCUCAUGAGAGAAUAUUUGUCCACAACAGGAGUUCAACUACUGGCAUUACUCUCCCCAUGUGGCUUACCUCUCCUGGCAGAGUUUUGCUGAAGAGCAAUCAGCUGCCAAAGUUUGAUCCGCUUGUUGAGGAGGUAGAAUUACUCUAAUUUAACCCCUAAUAUUCUCAUAUACGAUUCAGUAAUGGCAGAGAAGAAACGGUAUCUGUUCGACUGCUUGCUCCCAGCGGUGAAAAGGAUGUUGGUGAUUUCCACCAGGAGAUGGCCACGCCGGUACCCGAAGAUUUUUUCCCACUUUUUCCUGACCACCCACCCAUUGCCGAGCACCGUUUCAACUGACGAACAAAAUGAUGCAACACCCGUUAGUGUACUUAACGCCGACGAUGUUGGUAUACAUAGCCUGGAAACAUCAAUCCGACAAUAACAACGUGUUCACUCAUACAGUCUUCGUAACAGAGACGCCUUAAAUUUGCCCCAUGCUAACGUUUCCUAUUGUUUAUUGGCAUCUCGAUUCCUCCAUUUGUUGGCCGGGGUGAAUUUCAUGCUAACAUAGGGCCCUGGCUAAAUUCCAUCUAAUCUACUACUUUUCUAGUUCUCGUUUUAGUUCAAAUACGUCAAUUAUAAGUUGAAUAAAGCCCUGUUAUAGGGUAUUCUCGUUCUGACUCUUGCAUCCAUAUUUGUUCGUCCUCUCCAUCUCGUGUGCUUGCUACGGUCCUAGCUAAAACACUCAUAUACGCAAUUAAGUAAAAGGGUAAAAUUAAAAACAAUUUUACAGUUCAUACUGCAGUAUCUACUUUUAAAACAUGUCCAAUAAAUGAUUUAAGGUCUCUUCCAGUAGCCCUGGAUGUGAAAAUUAUGCAAUAACCGGCACUGGAGCUAAUCUAAAUCACUCUUUCUGCGACAGUCCUUAGAGUCAGAAAUAGCCCUCAGUUACUGUUUUAUAUAAACAUGCGACGCCAACAAUUUUCGGUGUUAUUGGGAUGGAUACCGGUGCAUAGGAAGACAAAUAAUAGUGAAUAUGUCAUAAAGCUCGGAUUUCAGAACGGAUGAUAUUGUGUGUAGCACUUUUGGACUGAUGUUUAUAUGAAAAUUGAGAGGUGGGAGGCAAUUGUCUCAAACUCCGCCCUCAUACUUCUCGUAUUAACUACAACUAAUAUAUUAGCAAACUUUACUUUGCCCACGUCAGCAUCUGCAAAAUUGACUCUAAAUUUUUUUUUGUGUCUCCAACCCAGUUGGCACAGCCUAUCCGUCUUCUACUUGAGUAUGUUGGGGAAGAUUAUCAAGAGAAGCGAUUUGAGAAGACUGAUGUUGAAAAGUGGAAAGAAAUGAAAUACACGCUUGGUAUUGGCUUUCCGAAUGUAAGAAGACUCGCUGAUAAGCAUACCGCUUCAGCUUCCAUAUAUUAUUGACGGCGAUGUGAAACUCUCUCAGUCAAGCGUAAUUCUGCGUUAUCUGGGAGAGAAGCAUGGUCUUGGAGGCAAAGGCGCGAAGGAACAGGCUGAAAUCGCCAUGGCUGAGGCCGCGAUCAAGGAUUUGCGAAUUGCCUUUGCCCGAAUUGCGUACAGUCCAAACUACGUAGGUUUCCUUAGCAUAUUUCAUGAAGGUGUUUUAGGAGGAAGAACGACCUGGUUUUAUGCCUAAAUUUGAAAAGGGCAUUGAGGAUAUUUCCACUUACCUCGGCAGUAAGAAAUGGCUAAUUGGUGACAACGUAAGUCUUUUGUAGUUUACAUCUCGUGUUUAUCGUGCUUGAUAUCUGUUUUCUUAUCGUUUUGUGCCGUCAUUUCUGGCAACUACGUUUCUUCCGCAGAUCACUUACGCCGACUUUGUCCUCUACGAAAAUCUCUGCGUAUUCCACAUUUUUGAGCCGUCGUGUUUCGACAAAUAUCCUAAUCUCAGAGAGUAUAUCGAACGCUUUGAGGUACGUGCCUUUUUAUCUCGCACUUUUUUUCGUGUUCUAUGACUUAUUGCGCACUUUCCUUUGCAUUCCAGGCGUUGCCUAAAAUCAAACAAUACAUGAACUCGGAAAAGUUCAUCUCUUGGCCCCUCAACGGAUGGACGGCAAGUUUCGGUGGUGGUGACGCUCCCCCAAAGUAA